AUGAAUAUUUCUUUUAUUUUUUAUAAAUUAAUUACAUACUUAUUAUAUGUUGGAUUUUUAAAUUCUCAAUUAAUAAGCACAAAUUCUUCAAAAAGUAGUAACUUACAAAAUUCUUAUAAUCAUACAAAAAGUUCACUUAAUAGUUUAUUUUCAUCAAAUCAAUCUAGUUUAAAUGAUGAUAAAAAUCUUAGAUUAGAAAGAGCUAUUAUUCCUCUUCCAAUGUUUAAAUGGCCUAGAACUAUUCAUUAUGCAGUACGCCCUCCAGUACCAGCAGCUUUAGUUGAUAGAGUUCUUCAAAAUUUAUCAAAAAAAAGGGUACUUUUCAGUUUCGGUAGGGACAAAUUUUAA